AGUGAGACACCAUAAAGGCAUCAACAAGGCUCGCCGCCUGCAUUGCAGUGCUCACCGUUCUCCAGUCAACUUCACCCUCCACUGAAGAACAAACCGACAAGCCGGGAAACAGCGGAGUCAUGCUGCUUCUAGCCCUACUUUUCGUGUCUUCAGCUGUAGCGACCCCUCUGCUCGGCACUGAACAGUGUGCUCGUGGACCCCCCUACUGGUGUCAGAAUGUGAAGACUGCAUCUCUGUGUGGCGCUGUGACUCACUGCCAGCAGAACGUGUGGAACAAGCCCCAGAUGAAAUCAGUGCCAUGUGACUUGUGUAAAGAGGUACUGAUGGUGGUGGAACAGAUCCUGAAGGACAAUGCCACUGAGGCUGAAGUCCUUGGGUACCUGGAGAAGGCCUGCCAGCUCAUCCCUGAUCAAGGUUUGACUGCAGAGUGCAAAGAGAUGGUGGAUAGCUACUACCCCAUCCUCAUGGGAAUUAUUACUGGAGAACUGGAGGAUCCCGGUGUGGUGUGUGCAGCAAUGGGGCUGUGUCAGUGUCAGCAGGCAGCCCUGGCCAAGGCUCACGCCAAGGAGCAGCUCAUGUCGAAUGAAAUCCCUCCGAUUGACCUUUCCCAGGGAGUGGCGGCUCCCUUCCUCCUCAAUGUGCCUGAGCUCCUCUAUCCUCAGGAGAGUGCCAAACAGGAGCCCCCCAAACCAGAGACCCCAAAGAAGGAAAAUGAUGACGUGUGUCAGGACUGCAUCAAGUUCCUGACUGAUGCCCAAGCCGAAGCAAAGGCCAACUCCUCAUUUGUCGACUCUCUCAUUCAGAAUAUUGAGAACCAGUGUGACCUACUGGGUCCAAGCUUGUCUGCAAUGUGCAAGGAAUAUGUCAGCCAGUAUGGAGUCCUCGUUAUUAUGCAGCUCAUGUCCAUGGAACAGCAACCCAAGGAUAUUUGUGUCCAUGCUGGCUUCUGCACUGCUAUGAAGAAGUCCACUCCCAUGCUGAAGCUGCUGCCUGCUGUCAAGACCGUUCCUGCUGUCAAGACCGUACCUGCAGCCAAGACUGUAUCUGCUGCCAGUCUUUUCCCUGCCACCAAGGUGGAGUCUAAGAAAAUGGUGCGUGUGCGUGAUUCCCCACUGUGUGCCAUCUGUGAGUUCGUGAUGAAAGAGUUGGAGGCUAGGUUGGAGGAUCAGGCAACAGAGGAGGAGGUAAUUCAAGCUGUGGAGAAGGUGUGUACAUAUCUGCCCGCCUCUCUGAGUGGCCAGUGUAAAGAUCUGAUCGAAACCUACGGCCAGGCCAUCAUUGAGCUGCUGUUGCAGCAGGCUGACCCCAAGACUGUCUGCACAGUGUUGGCACUCUGCAAAGAAGCCAGGCGCGCAUAUGUCCCUGCACUUGACCAUGCUCGCUUUAAGGUUGGUGGCUACUGCGAGGUGUGCAAGAUGGCCAUUACUUAUGUCGAUGAGAUCCUGGAGAAGAAUGCUACAGAGACAGAGAUUGAGGAAGCUGUGAGGAAAGUAUGCAGCUUCCUGCCUGACUCUCUCCAGGCCGAGUGUGACCAGCUGGUUGAACAGUAUGAGCCGUUGCUUGUCCAGCUGCUGCUCCAGAUGCUCGACCCUGACUUUGUGUGCAUGAAAGUGGGAGCCUGUCCUGAGGCUGAGCGCAAGCUGCUGGGAACAGAGCAGUGCAGCUGGGGACCUGCAUUCUGGUGCAAGAACAUGGAGACAGCAACUAUGUGCAGUGCUGUGGCUCACUGCAAGGACCAUGUGUGGGUAUAGAAGAAGAGGAACACAAACUGAACUGUAGGGAAUUAAAAGAAAAAUACUGUAGUGCUGCUUCCCACUUUUAAUUUUUGUCAUUUCUUUUUUUUAAUGGAUUUACAUAACUGCAAUUUCUGUUUAAAAUCAUUUGAUAUUUUGGGUGAUGUCGUGGUGGAAAGGGACUGGACUUUUUUUUUUUUUUUUCUCGGGGGACAUAGGGGAGGAGUGAUAAUGUGGAAGGUGGCCUGCAGCUUGGACUGUUACUGCUUUGCUGAGCAGAAGUCCCAAAGCUUCACUGUGGAGCUUAUCAGCUUUGCAUCAUUUGGGUUUUACUUGCUUAUAUUGCUUGCUGGGUGCGGCGUGUUAGAACACGUUCAAGUUCUACAUUGUUGUAUAAAUUUGACACAGCGCCAAAUGGCUGCUGUUCUGAGUGGUCUUCAGUACCCCCACCCCCAGCUAUAGAACAGAUGGCUCAGUGUGUGAAGAAUGACUGGCUUUACUUUUAGCAGUAUGAUCCUUAAAGCAAAAUUUAUAUUUUGUAGAAAAUGUUUUGUGUUCUUGUUUUAAGGAGCUGAUAUGGAGGUAAUUAUUCUGAGUGCACCUCCCACUCAUCUCCUAGCGUUUGCACUCUUCCUACUGUUUGUAAAUCACUGUUUCUAACAUAUAGAAAGCAUCACAAAUUUGUCUGCUUCCAACCCUGAGACAACUGUCAGUUGAUCUGUAAAUUUUUAACAAUUAAAAUGAUCCCAAUCCAC